CGCUUCCGGUACCGUGUUCGUGGCUCAGCGACGAGAUGGUGGCGAUGUGGUGGCCGUGAAGAGAAUGGCAUUCAAAUCGCAACCGAAAAAGGAGGAUGCGUUGACGGAGAUUAAAGUCAUGCAACAGUACAAACAUCCGAACCUCGUCAACUACAUCGAGUCCUAUUUGGUCGAUGCUGAUGAUCUCUGGGUGGUCAUGGACUAUUUGGAGGGCGGAAACCUGACGGAUGUGGUUGUGAAAACCGAGUUGGACGAGGGACAAAUUUCAGCUGUGUUGAAGGAGUGUUUGAAAGCGUUGCACUUCUUGCACAGCCAUUCGAUCGUCCAUCGGGACAUCAAAUCGGACAACGUUUUGCUUGGAAUGGAUGGUGCUGUGAAGUUGACUGAUAUGGGUUUCUGUGCCCAGAUACAGCCGGGAAGCAAGCGAGAUACAGUCGUCGGCACGCCAUACUGGAUGUCACCGGAGAUUUUGAACAAGAAAAAGUACAACUAUAAAGUGGAUAUUUGGUCAUUGGGUAUUAUGGGAUUGGAGAUGAUUGAUGGAGAGCCACCGUAUCUACACGAAACACCGUUAAAGGCUAUCUACUUGAUUGCUCAAAAUGGGAAACCGGAAAUCAAGAAGCGGAACGAGUUGAGCCCUGAAUUCGUGCACUUUUUGGACAGAUGCCUUGUCGUCGAUCCCGAAUGUCGAGCCGACACAAAAGAGCUCCUCAAUCAUCCAUUCAUCUCGCGAGCAAAGCCGUUAAACGCUUUAAUUCCGUACAUUAAAGCGGUUAAAGAAUUGAAAGAAAAGGGAAAA